CCCAGCUGGAGAACAUAGUCUGUCGCGUCAUCUACGUCCCGGGGCCGCUUGACCCGGUCAUGUCGUCCAUCCGGCUACCGCGAACGCGGAAUACCGCGGCCGUGCCCACCACGGCAUCGCAGCCGGCCCCGGCUGCUGGUGCCGGUCCUGGCGCCGACGCUGGGCGUGAGGCCGAAGGGCGAGGGGGGAAGGGGGGUGGCGGGAAGGAGAGGGUCCUGCAGCUGACGCCAACGUCGAAGAACGUGUUGCGACGAAACCUUCGCCUAGCGCCCGGCCUUUCUGCGGCGGGAUUCUCCGAAGACCCGAACCAAUGGCCAGGCAACACGGUCGGAGCCGGGGAGGGUGGUGGCGCCGGCGACGACACCCCCGAAGAUCAGACAUUCGCCGCCUUGAAAUCUCUCAGCCGGAGCGGCGGCAAGAAGGGGGCCGGAAAGGCGGCGCCGGUACCGCCGGAGUCGGUCAUCCUGCUCACGAGGCUAGGCGGCCCGCAACGACCAGGCGCCGGCGCCGGCGGGGCCGGGGCCAACGUCAGCUCUGCCGAUACGCCGCCGGUGUCGAACAGCAACAAUGACCAGGACACGCUGAACGUGGCGGAGGGCGCCGCUGGCCCGACCGCGCUAGAGGAUCAGGCGGCGGCAACAGCCGCACGGCUCCGUCUCCUGUGGACCGAGCAGGCCAUGGUGGUAGGACCGGAAUCGGGGCCCCGCGGUUUGGAAGAAGGCGGCGGCGGCGGCGGCGGCGGCGGGUUGCUGCUGCACGCUUGCGCAGGUCCCGGAACCUUCCUCGCGGUCCGCGAGGCUCUCGAGGAGGGAGGAGCGGAGCCGGUCGGCGGAGGAGGGGCUGGGGGCGACGGCGAUUGCGCGGGGGUAGGGUGCAGGGUCGGGGGGGGCGCCACUGUUGCCGCGCUCGGAAGCCUGAGGCAGCACGGCGCGUACUGCGUCGUAGAGCUAGACAUGCCCACCCCCGUGCCACCGGGACCUAGAAGUGGCAACGAGAGCGGCGGUGUAGGGGCGAAGGAAGGCUGGUCAGUGGCGAGUGUUGCCUUCGGUAGGGUGGAGGCGGCCGAUGGGGACCCGGAGGCGGAGAGGGAGAAGCUGGCUCGCAGGGCAACCGGGAGCUUCGUUCUUAAUUUUGAGUAACGCUGUUGUUUCAUUUGCAGUGCAAGGCCACAUGGCACAUAUGAGUUCACUACUUUUGUGUCCUGCACCAUCUUGUCUGUUGGUGGAGGUGGAGCUGUUGUGUUUUGUAAGAAAUGCAAGCAAGGCGUUUGCGUCUAUAAUCGGUGCUUUUGAAGAUGGACUCUUUUUUUUUUCUUGUGAAGACGAUCGUGACUCAGUUGCCCGCGAAAAAUACCCGAGCUGCAUGACCAACGUCCAAAUCCAAGCACUACGUGUACACAAAGGAAGUGGAUGGAAUAAGGAUGAGACCGUGUACAUCAGGCUAGUGUGUCUUUUUUCCGUCGGCAGCGAUGGGUUCAUUGCAUGCAUGGUUCAGUUCAAGUAUUGGUGGUACACAGUUGGGGCGCUGUGCGUGAAUGUUGGCAGUCAGUGGGAGGUCGACUUGUUGCGCGAGAGAGUCCAUGUUUCGUCGAUGUUUUUUUUCGUAAGGGGUGGUGCUUUUUUCAGAGCUAUGACCGGGUAGAAUUGGGGUGAUGAUGAACGGUUGCUGGGCACACGCCCUAGACGUCCCCAGACGGUUAUCGCCAAGUGUCGUAGCUUGGAGUGUCCUUGGAAAGGUUAGCCCUCGUGCUUCCCACGGCAAGCUCGUUAAUCGCUUAUCAUGCCGAGAGAGGGGCCUUCCUCUGUUGUCGAUGCCACGCUGCGAUACGAAAGCUUGUAAGGACGAGACGUUUCAAUAUGUAAGCUUUGUCGUUUUCUACGCUUGUGAGUGCUCCCAACACAGCGGCAACGCGCUACCGAUCGAGACCUUCACUUGAUCGCUCCGUCGUUCCCGCCGCAUGUGAGUACCC